GCUUCCACGACUCUUUCAUGUUCGCACUUCCAUCUGCCCGCUCGCUGUUAGCAGCGUGUAGGUCCACGACCUCCAUCUUCUCCCAUGCGUCGACACCACUAGCGACCGCACCAUCUCUAGUACGCUUCAGGGGACAGCUCGCGCCGAAAAGAGUCAAGUACCUGAAGCGUCACAAGGGCCUCUUUCCGAUCCCCAUUGGCGGGUCAAUCAAGGGCACGACGCUCGCGUACGGAGACUAUGGCAUCCGCAUCAAGGAGAAUGGGAUGCGCUUGACCGCGAAGCAGCUGACCUCGGCGGAGGAGUCGAUUAAGAGGGCCAUCAAGCCCAUCAAGGGAGCGAAGGUGUAUCUGAGGCUCUUCCCCGACAUCCCGGUCUGCAUCAAGGGGAAUGAAACCCGUAUGGGUAAGGGAAAGGGUACCUUCGAGUACUGGGCGACUCGAGUCGCACCCGGCCGAGUCGUCUUUGAGCUAGGUGGUGCCCCCAUGCGGCCGGAAAUUGCGCGUUCCGCAUUACGCCUGGGCGCGGUCAAGCUACCGACCAUCAUGGAAUUCAUCACGAAAAGCACGCCUCCGCGUCUGGGUAACCUCGUUCUGCCCAAAGAAGAACUUGAGAAGCUAGAGUGUAUACCGUACCGUGCACCAUAGUAAUCCCUGCGAUCGGCCUUCAGUCACUUUCCAGAAUCAUUUGGCUCUAGCUUUCGUCGAUCAUGCAAUUGGACGAAGUACGGGAUGCUAUGUUGUGAAUCAGUAAGCUGCGUGCGUUCGCAUUUC